CGUCAGGCGGUAGUACUGCACUGCCCUACGGCUGCGACGAUGAGCGCGACGCACUCGACCAAUUUCCACCACAAGCACCACCAACAUCGUGCUGGAACAAUGUUCUUCAAAUCUUCUGCUCCAGGCGUGAAUGCCGCCGCAGACACGGCACCAACAAUAGAAGUGGUAGAACCAGUAGCAGUAACGACAGCAGCGGCAGCAGCAGCAACGGCAUCAUCAGCGCCAGCCGCGUUGGCGACGUUAGUCCUCAAAGUUUCGACGAAGGACAGUAGUAGCUCCGCUGGUGCAACUGAAGCUGCAUUGAUUGGUCUAAACGACACCAACGACGACAUCAUCAAGAGUAGUAGCAGCAACAACAACGUCAACGGCGAUGGCGGCGAGGAUAACGCCGAUGCCGAUACCGAUAACACAACUGAGGGGGGGGCGGAGAAGCGUUCGGUAGCUGAGACCAGCAGCAGAGGCAGCAGCGUCGUCAGUGGUAACAGAUGGACGAGGAGAAAGAGAGCCGUCAGGUUCUGCACUGUGCUUAAGGUUUACCUCAUUCCACGCGCGAAGGACUACAGCGAGAGGUACGAUACUGCUCGCGAUACGCCGGUUAUCCACACGUUUUCGCUCAUUUGCCGGACGUUCCUUGUAUUGCUAGGGGCAGCCACCCGCCCGACUGGUGGGUGGAGCGGCCAAUCCGCGCCCUUGAUCGCGGACAAGCCGGGAGUGCAUUUGACAUUCGACACGCUUGCGCAGAGUUGCUGAAAUCGUCACGUUCCCCGGACCUCGCUUUCCGAUCCCAGUGACACCAGCAAAUGUUGGUGGUCAAGGGCACAGCUCGACCGGAACCUCCGCGAGUUUCAGGAGGCUCGUUUGUUGGAGGCCGUGGCACCGACGAUGAGGAGAGCAAGACUAACGGCAACAACGCUGACCACCACCACCACCACCACCCGUAUUACGGCAGCCAGCGCAACCAGGAGCGGCUCCGCCGUACUCGGUUCCGCCGUCGCUUUCCGGCGCCGACUGCCGAGGGACCGCUACCGGCAGCAGCAGCAGCAGCAGCAGCUGCAGCAGGGACGGUCGUUCGUUAGGAGUUUUGUCGGCCCCGGUGGGGUGGAUAGCACCAGUUGGUGAACAUAACUAAGAAAUGGCGAUGCCCCACCCCCAGAGGUAGACUUCUGAUGGUCGCUUGGGUUUUGAUUUUCCGGGCGGGCGGGUGAGGGAUUACAAUCGAUCGGAGGGAAUACGAAAGGAAGGGGAUGGUAUUCAAACACAAACCGCACAAAAAGGGUGGGCAUGAUUGCAUGUUGCCGUUUCGCGUUCAAUCUCUGCACCUUCUAGCGGAGGGUUGGCGAAAACGGGUUGAAUAUCUGCCACCUUGAACGAAAAAUCGUCCACGUGUGGAACUAUGGGUCUGUUAUGGAAAUAAAGCCUUUGUUCUUUUCAACUUUCGUACAUUGGCGUAGUGUAAAAUAUAUGUCUUGCUUCCAUUGUAGUACUUGAUUUUGUGCAGGUGUGCGCUGGCCUUUUUUUGUGUGCGUGUGUGUUUUGGGUUUGACCGAAGGUGUUCGAUACGGUGGUUGUUGAUGCGUUUUGUGUUUAACGGCCGGAGGUGGGGGUACUCGUGGUUUCGAAUGGUCAAAGGGGAAAAUGAGAAGCAUUCUGAAGGAUGUUCUCAAUGACAAGCAUUUUAGUUCGUACUCUGCUUGGGCUUUAUUGGAGCAUAUUCCCGGUGGCUUGAAUAUUUGAUGGCUUGGAUGCGCACCCCCUUCUCUUCUUGCUCUGUGCAUUGUGUGUUUUAUCUUACGGUAACCUCAUGUGGGCUGCUGUCUGGGAGUACUCUGUUUGCGUUGAAAGUCUCUCGCCGUUGGCUCUGUCGAUUAUUUCUACAUGGCUGACGGCAUGAGAAAUAUUUUUCUACCGUACCGUUCGAUUUGAUUUCCGCGUCGGCCCUAUCAAACUUACAUAUAUGGCUGAUGGUGUGAGAGUUGUGUUGCUGUGAUUUUAAGUUGUUUUUUACGAGUUGGCCUACCGUGUGACCCGGGCUUACGCGUCCAGAGAAAAAAAUCCGAAAGUUGUAAAAUAGACCACCGUCCGGACUGAAUGGGACGAUACACACGCAUAUAUAUACACUGUGGUCAACGGUGGUUUCAGUGUUGUGCUGCAGAUAUCUAUCCCCGUCGGCUAUAUCAUAUUGUAUGUAGUUGAUGGAGCAACAGCCUUUGCGGUAGGGUAAGGCUUUCGGGCGGUUCCUACCCGGCUAGACUCUCGUACUGCAUGCGCUCGGGUAGCCAUGAUUAAAAGUUGGAAAGGGGAGGGUGUCACACUCAUGUGGCAAAGACUUCCGUGUUUUAUCUUCCUUGGUGCAAGACUGAUUCACCCCUCUGGUGGAAGCCGUUUUCUAUUGAAUUGACGAGGGGGGGUUAGAAAAAAAUUUCGACGAUGUGAUGCACGUUUGUUUCGACCGAAGCACGUGUCACGUUUCGGAGCUUGUUCUUCGAAUUGUGCUUUGUUUUCUUGUUGCUGAACCGAUUCCGCACAUGUCGGCGCCAAGCAGAAGCGCAUGAGUUGCGUGAACUGGGAUGUUUGGGGCACGCCUGCGCGCGCAAAGUACGUUUCAUAGGACAUACACAGGUGUCAUCACCACGUGCAACGUUCGCCCAGAGCAACGACAAUGCGUUGCGCCCCCCUAGGCGGGAAAAGUAGAGGUUGGAGCGAGUCAUCAAUAAUAGAAAAUGCCUCGAGUGGCUGUUGAACACAUGGACGCGAUCGGAGGAAAGGAGAUCCAUUCUGCUUCUAGAACGCGGUUGAGGGCAAGGCCAUGCGUCUCUCUCUCUCUCAUGAACGCCUAUAGUUUAUUAGACAAAAACCGAGGAGGUGCAAGAGGAGGAAGAAAGGGUAUUUAUUGGAUUUGAGACAACACAGUUGAGGGGAAGAUCCCGUGUUUGUCUGAACGAGUCGUAAGAUAGGGCAGGCUGUAGUUCUUGUGUUUUUUUAUAUUCUACCGAUUCCUCAAAAACUUUGAAGGCUGGUCUUCUCGGUUUCAUGUCCCGCGUUCGAUUUUACAAGAAGAAAGUAUUUGGUAGUUAGAUACUGUUCUCUUCAUAAGAUUACGUUUGCAAUAAUUCUGAGUGGCAAGGACAGCAGCGGCUGUUGUUUUUCGGACGGUCGUGAGUAAGUUCCGUUACCAGUCUCUGUCUUUGUUCUGUGUGCGAACGAGGCCGUACAGGAGCAAAAAAGAGAAACGAGCUGUUCUGAUCAAGCCUCGCUGUAGAGAUCCGUUGUCCGCGGAACGACGAGCGUCAUCCAUCGAUAAGCUGAAGCGGAUGGGACCGGAUUUUUCGUUCAUAAGAAAGUGAAGACUUGGCAAGAAUAUUGGUCGGGAGGAAUGGGAAGAGAGGGCGGAGGACACCAAAAGAGACCGCCGUGGAACACUGUGUAGGCAAAGGAUGCAACGCACGUUGGAGGAACAGCCUGGGGGCAGAAGUACAGGAGUGAAAAGAAGGGACCAUAGGCGUCAAGAGAGAACGCCGUCCAGGGACCGUAGGUAGGGUAGCGGAAUCCUGCGGCGUGAACGUUCAAACGCGGAAAUGGCUUCCCUGAUGGAAUGCGCGUUUCAGAAGAUUUUCGAGUUCCGAGCAGAAACAUGGUAUAUUAGUCGGUACAGCGGGAAAGGAUGGGUUGCGCAAAGGCAUGGCCAUGUGGCGAGGCAGAACCAAGUAGUAUUCAGAGGGGAUGAGCAUCAACCCCUCAGGAAGUUAAGGACGCCUCCUUGUAACGGGAUCGGCAUACACGGACAUGACACGGUUGGUUGCGGUGCGCGAGAACCUACUACGCAGAAGUCGUUGGCAUAUGCGUGAAGAAUCAACGCACGGAACAAUAUGGGAUAUGAUCAAGCGUUCUACAUGGGGUGCUUCGAGGGAGGAUAGGAAAAUGGGAUGAGG